GACUUUGCCUGACAGAUAGAACAAAUUAAAUGGUUUACUCUAAGUCAUGCACACUCUCCGUUUCCGUUUCCGUUCACUGGCCCCCACCACGAGCUUUUGGCUAAUCGGUCGCCAGCGGUCCACCUGUGUGGGGGAUGGGAGUGCGACUGGGGAGUCCAAGGGCACCUGGACCAACGACUGGGACCAAAGCAAUCCGAUGGCAGCCCAAGUGAGCAAGGGACAGAAGUCGAAGGCCUCGCGACACAUCAUCAUGGUGAGGCACGGGCAUUACAAAAAGACGCCGACUAGCGGCGAGCAGCUCACGGACCUGGGGCGACAGCAGGCCAAGUGGACCGGGCAGCGCCUGCGGCAAUUUAACAUCAGCUGGGACCAGGUGGUGGUCUCCACCAUGACGCGGGCCCAGCAGACGUCGGCGAUCAUACUGAAAGAGCUCGACUUUGAUUCCUGCCAAGUAAUCAAUACGGAUGAGCUGCGAGAGGGAGCACCGUAUCUGGGUGAUCCCCCGCAGAGAGGGAGCUCGCAGAAGCUGCAGGAUUUCGUUCGACGUGAUGGACCACGCAUUGAGGCCGCCUUCAAGCGCUACUUCUACCGUGCCCCGUCCGACCAGGAGCGGGACACGUACCACCUGAUCGUUUGCCAUGCCAAUGUCAUCCGGUAUGUGACGCUGCGUGCCCUUCAGUUGCCCCCCGAAGCCUGGACACGGCUCAGUCUGAACCACGGCUCCAUCACCUGGCUGACUGUAUUCCCAUCGGGCCACGUAUCGCUCCGCUUUAUGGGCGACUCUGGCUUCAUGCCCGUCGAUGAGAUCAGCUGCUGCCGUCGCAUCGCCAGGGCGACUCCUGAUUAAAUCAUUUCUGUGCAAAGUGGAAUGUCUAUUUUCGAAUACAUCACAUCAUUUGCAUCCGGAUAGUGUACCGGAUAGUUACCCCCCAAUAC